AUGAAAGUUUAUAGCUGCUUGCCUCCUGCACCGAAUUGGAAUUCCUCCAAGGCCUCCGGUUUGUCCAUAAGAGCGAAUACGCUCGCCUAUGCUUCCUCGAAUAAUGUUGUACUUUUCAACGCCGAGACCUUGCAUUUUGAGGGUGUUCUUAUCGGGCAUAGUGCUCGGGUGAACGCGUUAGCUUUUUGCGAUAUCCUUUGUGCCACCGGAGGCGCCGACACAACUGUAAGGUGUUGGGAUGUAAUUAAUAGGAAACAACUGUCCACCUUAUCGAAUCAUAAGAGCGAAAUUUAUGCUUUGGAAUGGUUGACAAAUAGAAAAUUCGUUGUAACAGGAGAUAAAUCUGGAGAUAUUUCUGUGUGGGAUCCAUCGAAAAACAAGUCAAAUAAAAUUUAUUUUAUUCAAUCACCGAUCUGUGAUAUUGCAGAAUCUCCUUCAGUAGAAGAUUCUUUAGCAAUCGGGUUUCAAAACGGCGCAAUAAUCAUAGUCAAUGUCGAUUCGAACUUAAGCGGAAAGAUCGUUCGCCAACUGAAAGGACACGACAUGGAGAUUCAGAGUCUAUCGUGGGAAACGCCUAAAGAUUGCUCACUCGUCGCUAAGUAUACUUUUCUUGCUUCUGGAUCUCGCGACAAGACAGUUCGUAUUUGGAAUGUAGAAGAGGAAUGCCUCGAGAAAGAGAUCAGUUUACCUCAGCCCAUGCAUCAUCUCACUGAGCAACAGAAAUCGAGGCUGUGGGUAGCCGUCGCUUGGAUCCCAGAGAGCAAUAGGGUGCUUUCAAGUUCGUACAUGGGAGACUUGCUCAUGUGGGAUUUAGACAUUUCUGCUACAAAGUAUCAGAAAUUUGUAAGCGGUCACACGCGCAGUGUUUUUACCAUAGUGGUUUAUCUCUGUGGCACCAAAGCCGUUACUAUCUCCAUGGACCAAAAGUUAAUUUUAUGGGAUAUUGUACAAAGAAAGCCUAUCGUUUCGAUUGGAUGCAUUCCUAAACAAGUCAGUGACAUCGAUCUUUCGGUCGCCGAUCCACAUAGGCUAGCCAUCGCAUGUGGGGACAAUAACAUCCGGAUUUGGGAUAUCGCCAACAGACUUAAUCCUUUCAGCUCGUUUGGAACCGACUUGGGAAAUAUUGGUUGGUAUGAAGUUUAUAACGACAAAUCGAAAACGUUCAACUCUUAUCACAAAAGCAAGGUUUCUGCUAUAAGAUGGUGUAAAUCUAGGUGGAUGAAUUCAGAACGGAAUGACAAAGAAUCUGAUGAUUAUAAUUUAAUAUUGAGUUGCGGAGGGGAUGGAAACAUACUUUUAAAUGAUAUUACAAAUCCGAAACAAUCAUCAUCAAUCAACGAUAAGAUAAGAGAGGCUAACCCGGAAUGGAUUAAAGUGAUGAAGAACAAAUCUGGUUAUUUGCCAAAGCGAAGUGAGAUCUCGCUUCAUCCUAAUGGCAGAUUCUUGGUUGUCGGUAAUGUUGAUGGGAGUAUAGAGGCGUAUUAUUUACCUUCUUUCAAGAUCAUCUAUCACAAUAUUGGUCAUAGAGCUACCAUCAAUAAACUCGAGUGGUGUCCUUCGG